CGCGGACUCAGCGCCUGUAUGAUGUUGCGAUCCGAAGCCGCUCCGAUCUCAUCGAAUCUAUCGUAAACAAAACACAAUCCACUGACAGAAACGCAUAAACCAUUCAUUCAAAACAUCGCCGCCAAGGCUCGACGGCUUCCGUGACGCCGGAAAACUAUUCGACCGGCCGCAGUGAUUUUGUAGAAGUUGCAUCGAAAGGUUAGGUGUUGUGGAGUUUAGUGAAAGGUUGUAAGUUUGUGGUGUGAAGUGUUGGUGCAUAUUGUGUCUGUGUGGCAGUGACUAUAUUGGCGGAGGUGGACGCUGUCCGAGAACCAUGUACUCGAGUGGCAUGAGCCGGUGUCCGUAGCGCGGCCGCGGCAUUCGGCACCUCUCGCAAGACGUCACUCUCAUCUGGUUCCCUGCUAAUGUUACAAACAUUAUAAACAUCUAAGAUGCCGGCACUCCGGCUGCUGGGGCGCAAAUGGCUGGCUGCCUCAGACGACCUGGUGUUCCCGAGCAUCUUCGAGCUGAUCUUCCGAUUCGUAUGGCUGGUGCUAAUAGCACUGGUGGUGGAAGUGCUCUACCCAGUGACAUGGCAGUGCCGGUCCGAGGGCUGGCACGGCGGGUCCUUCGUGCGGCUGUAUCUGUGCGGCACACUGGCUCUACAGGCGGCUCUUAUGCUGCUUUUGGCUGCAUUAGCGCAGCAGUCCGCCAGAGGCACCAUCACAGACGUCGACUCGAGAAGACUCGUGUCACCGCUGCUUCUUUUCAAGGUGCUGCUGGUGAUGCCUGAGAUGGGGCUGAACGUCAUGGGCACCAUGUGGAUGUUCUGCGAGGUUAUCGACUGCUCUGUUGAGGACCGUUUCUCCAGCAUAGUUAUACAAAGUAUAGUCCUGUUCAACUGGGUCCAGCUAGCCCUAACCGUGUUUGGCCUCUUCAUGGUCUUCGACCCCCUGGGCUCCGUCCGGUACGGGGACAUGCAGGACACCCCCAACCAGGUGCGACACCACAAGAAGGUCACCGGACUCUGGUCGAGACGGUUUCGAUGGGCCUUCUGCUGGCUGAAGAGGGAUGAGCACGGGAAAGAAGCUUUUCAGCAGGUCGCAGCUCUCCUCAGCGCACUGUUCCGAUCAACCGACCUAGUCCCUUCUGACGUGGUCGCCGGCUGCGUUCUCUUACGAGUACGGCAGAAGCGGGAAACCCGAGAGAUGCGGCGCAUCCAAAUGCUCAACGACGAGGAACCGAUCUACACCACAGAUGUGAACAAAGUCUUCUCGGAGACCCCUCCCUGGAUGAACCUGGAGGACGCUCUACACUACUUGAGGCUGUCCAUAGCAGCGUACGGCUGGCCGUAUGUGUUGUACCGACACUGCUUCACUGGAUUCUGCAAAUUGGCGCGCCAUUUGACGUGUUGUUGCUGUCGGCCAAAGAACUCCAUUGUGACGGACGACAACUGCUGCCUCUGCAACUUCGCUGGUGUCAAGUACAUGUCCAAACUCCCCGCCGAUGACAUCAUCUUCGCCUCCUUCAAUAACCGGGUUUUUGAGUUACCCUUCUGCGUGAUAGCGGACCAUGACCGCGAGAGCAUCGUAGUUGCUGUUCGCGGCUCCAUAUCUCUACGGGACAUAUUCACUGACUUUACGGCGGGAUCCGAAAAAUUUGAAGCUGAUGGCCUACCAGAAGACACGGCAGCACACAAAGGCAUGUCAAUGGGUGCUGCGAAGAUGCUGAAGAGGCUCCUACCGGUGCUAGACCGCGCCUUCCAGCAGUACCCACACUAUGACCUGGUGCUCACAGGUCACAGUCUGGGCGCAGGUGUGGCAGUCUUAGUGGCGCUCAAGCUCAGGCCGAGGUACCCGCACCUUAAAGUGUUCGCGUUUUCUACCCCAGCGGGUCUAAUAAGUCGCGAAGCAGCGAGGUAUACCGAGAGCUUUGUGCUCACUGUGGGCGUGGGAGACGACCUCGUGAUGAGACUCAGCGUGCACAGCAUAGAGAACCUUAGGACGAAGGUCAUACAGACCAUACACGCAACUAAGUUACCCAAGUACCGCAUCAUGCUGAACGGCUUCGGCUACGCGCUAUUCGGGGUUCCAGCUCGCGACUUGGAGUCAACCUGGCGGCGGCCUGAGGACCUGGAGGCCCACCAGUCGGACGACUCAGCAGACGCGCUGCUAGUCCAAAGCGUGUCCACCGUGAGUGCUGAGGCGGCGCUAGUAUCGCGCAACGUGUUCGUACGGCGAUUCUCUUCGGCGCGGCUGUUCACAGCAGGACGAAUACUACACAUCGCGCGGCGCAAGCGCAUGGGCAUAGAGAAGAAAGUGCGCACCCACGAGCCAACGUAUGAAAUGCGAUGGGCGUGUCCUGAAGACUUCAUGGAACUGCAGGUCAUGCCUCGCAUGCUCCUCGACCAUCUACCAGAGAACGUGCACCGCACCAUACAGACUGUCAUAGAGGAACGGCACACGUAUCGGAUCACGCACGUUGUGUAAAUACACGUACACGUACUUUGUGUUUAGUGCAGUGCGAAACAAUUGAAACGCAAUUGAAACGCUAGUGAAACGAAUGUGAAUGCGUACACGGUUGAUUGAGAAGAGACAAAUGACAUGCGUUGUGAAGAUCGCGCUGUGUGUGGAUUUAAAUAGAAACAAAUGACAAGCGUUGUGAUGCACAUCACUUAAACGUGUCAAUUGACACAAAACAAUUGAAGAUAGUUGAUAUAAAAGAAAUAGCCAGAAAAUAUGCACCGCUUUACUUGGAAGACUACACAUGGGUUGUAGGAUGAAGCAUGUUGUAAGUUCACACUCGCUUCAUGACGCAUGCAUUAUGGCAAAUUAAAAAUGAGUAAAAUGACACAUCGAAGCUUACUUACACAAUAUGAAAUUGACUGUAAUGUUAACCCUAAAACGGUGCGGCAAUAAUACCUUGGCUAAGUAAAUCGAUGAAACCAAAUAAACGAACUCUUAGAAAAUAGGAAAUACAGUCCAUGACUACAAGAAAUUUUCAGAGACGACAUGACGUAACCAUCAAUCUUUAAAUUAAGUUAUAUUACUUUUAAAGAAUAUUGUAGUUUACUGUUAAGUGAACGUUAAUUCUUAAACCGUUCUAGCAAAUGAACUAACAAAUCCGAGAGUAAUGCCCGUUUACACCAUCAAUUCCUAAUUUUUAAGUAAGCCCUAUGACAACAAAAUUCAUAUUAUGUGUUAGCAUAGGGGUCACUUAAAAAUUAGGAAUUGAUGGUGAAAACGGGCAUAAGUAUACAUUUUAAGUAACGACUACGACCUAAACACCAUCUAAUUGUAGAAUGGAUUUGAAUUUUGAAUUGUCUUAUGUCUUUGAAUUUAUGAUCAAGAUUCAGUACAAGUUAUUGUUUAAUUUAAUUAAAGUGACCGCACUAGAAUUAACACAAUUUUAAAAAAUGGGUGCUGCCCAAAGUUAACAAAUGAUCAUUUAAGAACACUGACAAUGUUUGACGUAUCUCCUUAUAAAUUGAGUUCCUAGUAUUAUUCUAUCGAAGAGAAGUAAUAAAAAGACAGUUAAAAAUACAUACCAGUGGACACAGCAAGUAAAACCAGUAUAAUUUAGGAUAAUGUGAAUGGUUUACAACACAUGUAAGUAAUUAUGCAUUUUUCGUGUCAAUAUUACUGAUGUGUUCUGCGAAGUAUGUGACUAAAGAUAUUUCCCAAAAUAAGCUAUGUAAAAAUAAUUGUAAGAGCGACAAUGGUGGAGGCGAGUUUCGUCUUAGAAGAUUUAAUUAUUUGUAUAAAAAUAAUGUACAGACAGUCAUUCAGCUGCUGGCAGUUGAUAUGACAAUAAAUAUUAAUAUUUUUGGGUAUUUUGACAUACAAAAACUUCUGCAAUUAACGCCUGUUUGUCUAUGACGUGACACAUACUCAGCUGUAAAAUUGUGUUGAAAAAGUAGAGACCUAAUCCAGGCGUUUGUGAUUUUAAUAAAAUACACAAAAUAUAGUAAAUACAACUUCCCAAAUAACUAUUUCUCAUAAGAUUGCUUACAAAUAAAUGUGAAUCGAGUUGCAUUGACCUAACAUAGGUAAUCUGAGAGCUACUAAGCAGACUCUAUGAGGAUAAAUUCAUAUUACUUAAUUAACAUAAAAUAAUUAUAAGAAUUGAAUCUACUGAAGCAUUUAUUUUUAUAGUUCAAGAACAGUUUCUAAUUUGUUUAUAAGAGUGAAUGCAGCUAUGGUGGUGGAUUCAACGUUUGAAAGUUAGGAAUUGAAAUACUUUUAAAAACUUAGACGUACCUAAAUGUUACAGAUUUGGUAACCCAAUCUUACUACUUAAAUAGUGUCAUCGGCAAAUUGUAUUGAUUUAUCACCUGAGCAACGAUCGAAAGUUUAGCGAAAGAGAUGUAACAUCGUCAAUUAAGUAGGUUAUAAUAAUACCGCCAGAGGUCGCCAUUUUUAUUGCACGGAAACUUUUGUCUAUUAGAGAAGACCGUGGCGUUGAAAAGGUUAAAUAGCAGCGCUCCAUAAAACAUUAUUAUGUCUCAAAUUGAAACUCUUUUAUACAAUUUACUGAAUUUCAGCAUACAAAAUGGCUAGACGUGUUAUUUGUCUUUCCCAAACGAAACCAACAUGUAAAUUGACGACAAAGUAAAAGAAUCGUACAAUUUGCCGACGACAAUACACCCGUCAACUCUCUAAGAACCUUUCAUGUAAUGAAUACUCUUUUUACAGACAAAAAUAAAAGUUCGGAAAUAAAAUUUCCCACUACAAUUUGUUUAUUAAAACACUAGCAAUCAAUGACAAAAUACGUGUCAAAUUAUUAUGUAAAGUUAAGUAAGAAAUGUGAGAAGACUGUGAUGAUGUUAUAGUAUGAUUAUUGUUAAAGUAAGUGAAAUCUUUAUGGGCAGUUGAAUGUGUUGUAUGUAAAGUUAAGUAUUUUAGCAAUUUGUAUAUAAUACAUAUUAGUUUUAAGUCCUAUAUUGCUUUAGUUUCUGGGAAACAAAGCAAUCACCUCGUCCCAGUGUAAGAGCCCCUACCGACUACAGAGUUUUAACCGUUAUUUUAAUCGGGCUGUUAAUCAGUAUGAAAUUACGUACGCAGAUUACACCAAUUUGAUAUCGGCCCGUUCCUCAUACACAUUAGAAGCCGACCAAAAUAACGGCUGAUAAAAAAAUUCUGUAGUUGGGACUCUAAAUGUCCACAUAUCAGCGUACAAAACGUUUUAAUUCUUCCUCGAUAACACCAUGACCCCUGUCAUGUUUUCAAAAUUACUUUGCUCAAUCUUGUGCAAUUUUCGUUUGACUGAUGUAAUUACUACUCACCACAUGAAAAACAUUUUAUUUUUGAAGUCCUAUUUAUGCAAUGUCUAGAAAAAAAGUUUCAAAGCCUUUUUUGUUAAAAUGAAUCUCAGUUAAAAUUUUACACCCAAUAUUUUGAAAGUACAAUUGAUUAUUUUUAAAAUUUCGCGUUGCAUCAUUUAAUUAAUUUUGACAGAUAUUAACGCAAUACGCGGUUAGGUUAAAAAUGUCUCCUGACACGCAAAAAUAUUUUAACUGCGUAUUAUAAUUAGAAAUGAUAUUAAAGUAUGGAUCUGUUAAAGGUAAAAGUCCACUGGGCCUAAAUAUUAGAGUUUAAUCAAUGUUUUAAUAAUAAAACACAGCGUUUAAAGGACUUGUUGGGAAAAACUUAAACAGUGAAAUUUUAAUUUUGAUAUUCGAAAAAGUAAAAGAUAUUCUCUACUCCCCAAUGUAUAAACAACACAUUGAUAAGUUUUAUUAGGCUACAAAAAUCAGAUGUGUUGUUAGAAAAAAUCCAGUAAGUAGAGAUCUUCAUUGAAUAAGUUUUUACCAAACUGUUCCUUCGCCUUGUAUUAUUACUGUAGAUUCUGACAUAGAAACAUUGAUAUUGUAAUGUUACGUCUUAAAAAGUAUUAACUACAUGGCGCGAGUACACUAUGUGGGAAAGUGGUCAAGACUUUAUAGUGUGAACACCAUCUUGGUUACUUUCUCCUUCCCCCGUGUGUGUCGCCCAUACUUCGGUGUGCGGGCUCACGCUCCGACUUGGACAAUUUUCCGCAUAGUGUACUUGCGCCAUCAAAUAUUUGGUUGUUAAAUCACUUCGAUUUUUUAAUAUAAGUAUUACCCAUAUACCUAAAAAUAGGAAUUAAAAAUGUACUACCAGUACAGUAAUGUUACCGGAGUCAAUUACUUAGAAGCGUACUUAUGUUGAUUUUUUUCUAGAACCGAAAUAAAAUAUUAUCCUUAUCCAAACUGAAAAUACAAUACACAGUACAGUCAUAUUUAUUGACGUUAAUUUUCUUGACUCAUUUAAUAAAUCUUUAUAUAAAAACAUACUAAGCACGACUUGUUACCGCUCUGAUAUUUAAAUACUUACAUGCAUAUUAAUCCGUUUGUGUAUGUUCGAUUCUAAAAUAACGUAGGGAACAAUAAUAAUGUGACUUCGAUCACCUUCGAACAGAUUCUGAAUGAUGUAUUGUACAUAGCAUUUACUUCGAAUAAUUUACAUUCCAUUUUGUAUCCUAUUUAGCCUUCAGUAUGAAUGAGUAGGUUAUUUAUGCUAAAAGUAACGAAAUUUGAAGAUGCACCUUAUCAUUGUGCUCGUAGUUUCCAGUAUUACCUACUUAUGAACACACUGGAGUCAAGAAAUCCUAAUAAUAUAAUCCAAUAUAUGUAUAAAAUUUUAAACUAUUUUUUUAAGUUUGAAUUUCUUUUUGAAUUAUUCUGGAAUACGGGUAUAUUUCUAGAGUAUUUAUAUUUUUUGACAAAGGAAAACGGCUUUCAAUCAUAUUAAAUUUAAAUCUGUAUAUCUGUUUUCUACAAGUCCUUAUAAAAUAAUAGAUAAUAGUUUGUCACAAGUGUGCCAAAUACAGUCGUAUCAUCUAUGUAUUUGGAGCUACAUUUUAUCUUGAUUAAAUAAAUCGUCUUGCUAAAGCUCUACACAUACUUAGGCAUACAUAAUAUUAUGAUUAUAAUAGAGUCCAUCCAGUGUGGUUUAACCUUUUGACCUUUUUUACCCUACCUUACAUUUACAAAAUGACCAAAUUGUCAAAAAACACGCUGUAAAUAGAAACAAAUAUGCUAUUUUUAUGCGUCAUAUUUCCUCUUUGUACAGAUUUUUACCGAGAAAAGAUUUAUUAUGCAUUGACAGAUCUGAAAAUCGUAGGUAAGCUUAAGCUUAACUGCAAGUUAUUGUAAUAAAAAUUUUCAGGAUUUGUGAAAUUUGAAGUUAGCCAUUUCAUAUUUUAAAUAGUUGAUUGAAUUGUUGAUAAAAGGCAAAUACCUAAGUAUCAUUACCUACAAAGUUUCGUCACUAUUUUUAAGCCUAGAAAGAUAUUCUAAGGUGGUUCUUCAGUUUUCAAAAUGGCCAACUGUACAAUAUUUUAAUUAUCAAAAUGAUAACCGUCGGCUACGAAAAGGCGAAUACUUAUUAUUGUAAAAAAAUAUUUUUAACCGACGUGUCGUAGAUCUGUGUGUAUGUUGUUGUAUGUUCAAGUAUUAAAAGGACUGAGUUUCUUAUCACUUGUACCCUAAAUUAGGGCUUUGUAAUCUCUCACCUUUGUAUUAGGGUAUAGCCAAUGUCUUGUGUUGGGUUUGUGUUAAUUUAUAUUAAAAUAUAUUUUAAGUA